UACACUGCUGGAGGAAAUACCGAUCACAAAUCAAUGGAAUAAACCGAUCAUAUGGCAUCUGACACCUGUUUACUGCCUUUCUGUUAUUUUCUACCUAAUUCAGGACGAGAUCUAGAUCAUUAACUGAUUAUGGCACUUCACAUAUCUUGCAGUCAACACAUUCAAAAAGUGCAAUGAACUCACUGUACUGGUUUCGACUGUAAGGCACCAAUUCAGUUUAAGUUCUCAGUUUCAGUGGAAUACCAUGGCUUAUAUUCACUCUUCACUCGAAGGGAACCUGCAGUAGUUGAUCCCGGACAGUGUCGAUUCUUCCCGUUUCUCGGAUGCUGCGCGGUCACGGCAUGCUGAAGAGCCGCUGUUGCGUUCUCUUCAGUGACCUCAAGGUGUUUCUGCUCGGGCCACAGGCUCAUACAAGCCCCAUGAGCGGACAAACGGCCAGAAUCAGCCCUUAUGCCUCAGAUAACAACAAUACCUUACGAGCCCACCGGCUCCGGCACUGGAGUACCCCGUCCACAGAGGACGCUGCCGGGCCGGAGGCAGCCGCGGACGGAUCCGGGUGGACGGGCGCCGCGGCGGAAGAGUUCUCCAAGGACCGGAGGGACGACCGAUUCUCCUUCAUCAGCUAUGCAGAAGGAACCCCGGUGUGCAGGAUAUGCUUCCAAGGGCCGGAACAGGGCGAGCUGCUGAGCCCGUGUCGCUGCAGCGGGUCCGUUCGCAGCACUCAUCAGCCGUGUCUCAUCAAGUGGAUCAGUGAGAGAGGCUCGUGGACCUGUGAACUCUGUUACUACAAGUAUCAGGUGAUCGCCAUCAGCACCAAGAACCCGCUGCAGUGGCAAGCGAUUUCCCUCACCGUCAUAGAGAAGGUCCAGAUAGCGGCGGCCAUCUUGGGCUCCCUCUUCCUCAUCGCCAGUAUCUCGUGGCUGGUGUGGUCGUCUCUCAGCCCUUCGGCCAAAUGGCAACGGCAAGACCUGCUCUUUCAGAUCUGUUACGGGAUGUACGGCUUCAUGGACGUCGUCUGUAUCGCUCUAAUCGUCCACGAGGGCCCGUCCGUCUUUCGCAUAUUCCAUCGCUGGCAGGCCGUCAAUCAGCAGUGGAAAGUUUUAAAUUACGACAAAAAGAGAGACAGCGAGGAGCUGAAGAACAGAGAGGAGUUGACGCGUACAUUGCUCCACCAGAGGGAGCCGGUGGGAGUGGACGUCUCUCCUUCGCCGUCCUCGCUCAUGGCUGCUGCUGGUACGCCAGUGCUCGACACGGCCGACGGCACGACAAACACCACAGCGGCCGCACAGGACCCUACAGGCGCUGACGCUCACGCUGACGGCCCGGCUUUGCCUGACCAACACUGUCCGUACAACUUUCUGAAUUUAUUGAGCCAUCUUCGGCCACACGAGCCACGGAGCCCGCCGAGUCACAUCAGCAUGAACACCACCAAACCUAGAGAAGUGGUGAUGAGAGUUACCACCGUCUGAGGACACGCGCGUCCACUGGAGGCCUUACGUUGGGACACUUGAAACGCCUUUCAGCACAGAUAGACGAUAAGCACAGCGUUGGAACUGUUGGAUUAUCCAUGACUUUAACAGAUGCUGAUAAUGAACAAUAUGGGUUUUUAAUUCCAGAGAGCAGAAUUUAAAGCGACAGUUCACCCAAAAAUGGACAUUCUGUCAUUCUUUACUCACCCUCAUGACGCUCCGAAGACGCAUUCAUAGUUUUCAGUCAUGUGACUGGCGUGGAAACACCCAUAGAACUAGAUCUGUUUCAAGCCACGACUAUUUAGAUCACCUCAAAAAGAAGAAAAACAAAAAUAUGUGAACAAAAUGCAAGUUUUGGGCAGUUGUUGUGCUGCAGUAUUUAAAGGUGCCCUAGAAUCAAAAAUUGAAUUUACCUUGGCAUAGUUGAAUAACAAGAGUUCAGUACAUGGAAAUGACAUACAUUGAGUCUCAAACUCCAUUGCUUC